ACGAAGACACUGGGUGUGCACGAGAAGCUGACCCGCGAAGGAAAGUGUGACGAUCGAAACCCCUUGUAGUGACUUGUCUCGGCUGCAUAGUACUCGACGCAUCGUUCCGCGUAGCAAGUUAUUUUGGAAUUGUAAGCUACUUUCCGAAGGUGUGUGUAUGGCCGUGAGUACGACUGAAACAGCAAUCAGAAGACUGGAUCGAGAGAGAGAGGAGAGUAAGAGUGGUCCGGGAAAAGGGAGCUGUGUGUCUCUGACAAAUUUAACACGUACAGGUACGCGUGCACGCACGUGUAUGUCAGUUCUUAACAAAAAUUGAAUAGGGUGUCCACAGUAUUUACCAAGGUGUCCACAGUAUUUUCCAAGGUGUCAGCAAAUUUAGUGAGAGUUCAUAAUGUCAGAAGGAAAGACAGUUGAUCAGCUGAGUGAGAGAUUAGAAGCUGUAACAACUCUGGAAGACAAAUCCAGGAUAAACAGUAAGAAGAGAGAGGGUUACCUGGAAUGGGCUGAUUACUUCAUGGCUGUGGCUUUUCUUUCUGCAGAGAGAAGUAAGGACCCGAGGACACAGGUUGGAGCAUGCAUUGUAAACAGUGAGAACAAGAUUGUGGGUAUAGGGUACAAUGGGAUGCCUAUUGGGUGCAGCGAUGACGUCAUGCCCUGGGGGAGAGAGGGCGACAUACUGGAUCAGAAGCGUCUUUAUGUGUGUCAUGCCGAGUUGAAUGCUGUCCUCAACAAGAACUCGGCUGAUGUGAAAGGCUGUUCUAUCUAUGUCGCGCUCUUCCCCUGUAACGAAUGUGCCAAGGUUAUAAUUCAGUCUGGUAUCAAAGAGGUCAUCUAUUUCUCUGACAAGUAUAAGGAGCAUGUGGAGUUUAAAGCCUCAAAGAAAAUGAUGGAUUUUGCAGGUGUGACAUACAGACAAUAUCGUCCAAAGCAGAAGCAAAUUGUGAUUGACUUCAGUAAAAUAGAAGCGACCGUUAAAAGUCAUUGAGGUGAUGUGUACAAGAACCGUGUUGGUGAUAUGAUUGGCUGAAGUGUCAAGUCAGUCAUGGAUCAAAUGACGAGCUAUUAAGCCUUCCAUCAUACGUCUGAACGUGGUUACUGUGUAUCAGUAAGCAGAAAGACAUUCCCUAGCAUUCUAAGCCACAAAUUGGAGAGCUGUGCAGUUUGUUCCUGGUUCUUUAAACUGCUUUAUUUUUGGUUGGCAAAACCUUUUUAUCUGUGGGUGAAAAGGAACCAUCCCUGUUGUAAAAAUGGAAUCCAAAGAAUGUGCAUAUCACUUUUACAGAUUAUUUGGAUUUCUGGAAUAGAGGUGAAACCUUUAG